AUGUCGAACCAGCUGGUGGGCACGGUGUUCGAUCUCGUCAUUCAGGAGGUCUGUGAUUCCUCUCAGGUUGAUUUCGAAGAGAGUGGUGUGGACCAGCAGACGUUGUUAGACCUGCGACAGAGCUGGCAGAAAAAACUCUCGUCGCUUGCCGUUGCCCAAUUCCCAUGGGACCCGCCGCCGCCCCAAGCUGCCCCGGCUCAGUCGCAGAACCAGAUCCUUCCUCCUACUGCGACCGUUCCAUCAAAUGCUCCCAGACCUAAUCCCCCUCAAACCCAACAACAACAUGUUCCUCACUCAACACCACAAUCUGUCUCCGGAUCAGUGCCUCCGCUCCAGGCGCCCACACCCGUUGGAGCAGCCCCCAAUAUGAACCAACAACCCUACAUCAAGACUGAGCCUGGAUUGAACGGUCAAGCAGGGUACCCUCCCAUGAAUAACAUAAUGUCAGCAAACCCAAACUCUCAGUUGGCUCGUGAACGUGCUGCCACCUUAAUGCAACAACGAUUCGGGGCUGCUGCCGCCAAUUCCGUCAGCCAGCUUCAAGCUCAGUCACAGUCACCGUCACAGCCACCGCCGUUGACCAUGCCAGGACAGCCGCGUCCACAGAACUCUCAGCCUCAGCAACAACAACAACAACAGCAGCAGCAGCAGCAGCAGCAGCAGCAGUACCAGGUGUCCAAUGGCCAGGCCCCGCUGAUCAAGCAGGAACCCGGUUACCCGCCCAUGAACCAACAGUUCCUGGGUAAUGCUCAAACCGAUGGCGCCGGUGACGCACUGUCAGAAUGGAAAGCAGAGGUUGCUCGACGGCGGGAAGCUGCCCAGCGUGAGCCGGGUCAGAACGACAGAAUCCUCCGUGAGCACUUGAAACAGCGUAUGCUCGACAUGGAGGGUGGUGGUCUUCUCGCUCCAUUGGAGGAGCGUCAACAAAAGCCAUCAUCUUCUACAACACGGAAACUUGCUGCUGAUAUCGCGGCCCCUGAUGCAGAGCCAGCUUCGUCGAUUUCGAUUGCACAAGCACCCCGGGCACAAGCACAAUUCGACGGUCCUGGCGGCGAUGACGAGGGAGAGGAAGACGAUGAAGAUGCUAUUAACUCCGACCUAGAUGAUCCUGAAGACCACGAGGCUGAUGAGAAUGAAGCUGAAGACGCCGUUGGACAGGUUAUGCUCUGUACUUAUGACAAGGUGCAGCGGGUGAAAAACAAGUGGAAGUGUACAUUAAAGGACGGUAUUCUGACCACUGGCGGUAAAGAAUACGUCUUCCGCAAGGGCCAAGGCGAAUUUGAAUGGUAG